AUGGACAAAUUGUUUACUCCUGUUAAGAUAAAUAAAUGCAUCAUACCAAACAGAUUUAUGAAAUCGCCAACAUAUAUGCAUGAUUGUGAUUCAAAUGGAUUUGCAAUUCCAAAAUAUCAAAAAUUUUAUAGAGAUCUUGCAGAUGGAAAGAUGGGACUCAUCACACUUGGAUACUUUGCAACACAUUCAAAAACUACAGGAGUUCGUGAUCAAGCUUGCUUGCAUACCGAUGCCCAUGCUGAAGGAUGGCGUGACACCAUUGACUACAUUCAUUCAAAAGGCUCAAAGACAUUAAUGCAGAUUGCAGAUUGUCGUAAUAUUCAGAAAGAUGACAAAUUUAUGACAACAUCGGAUAUUUCUGAAGCAAUUGAACUUUUUAUCUCUGCUGCAAAGAGAGCUCAAAAUGUUGGUGCAGAUGGUAUUGAAUUGCACGCUGCUCAUGGAUAUUUACUCUCUCAAUAUCUUUCGCCAGUUACAAAUACAAGGGAUGACCUCUAUGGUGGAAGUUUUAAGAACAGAAUCCGUAUGGUUCAAGAGAUUGUCGAAGGGAUUCGCCGUGAGUGUGGCAAAGACUUCAUUAUCGCCGCCAAAAUUAAUGCUGAUGACAGUGUUAAGGGAGGAAACAAACCAGAAGAUGCCGCAAAGAUUAGUGGAUCCCUUAAAGAUGUUGAUCUUUUUGAGUACUCUUAUGGACUCUUUAUUGCUAAAGAUUUAAUUGAUCCAACAAAGUUCAUUAAUCUUAAGAAUGGAUGGAAUGUAGAAGCCUUGCCAAUAUUAAGAAAAGGAACUAAUGCUAAGAUUUCAAUUGUUGACCGUAUCAGAACGAAGUCAAGAAUGCUAAAGGCAAUCGAAAGAGGUGCAGAUCUCCUUUCGUUUGGUCGUCCUACAAUUGCUGAUCAAUUUAUGGUUCAACAUUUGAUGGAAGGAAAACCAGUUAGGUGUAUUUCUUGCAAUCAAUGUAUGAAGCAUCCCAAUGUACACCCAAUCCAAUGCUGGGAAUUUAAAUAA